AUGUCUUCCCUGCCCCCGCCCCGUCGCCUUGUCGCAGCCCACGCCACGGACGGCACCCCCGUCCUCCUCGAACACCACUUUCCCUCGGCCGAUACCGACCCUGCCACACUCAAAGCCCAGGUACUCUUUCUCCAGCCCGAUCUCGUCGCCAAGCCAGAAAAGGCGGUAGAGUGGGCUGAAGCGAGGCCGGACAGGAUCUCGCAUGACGAUGCUAUUAGUGUGCGGUAUGUUGAUCUGCCUCCCAGCGCGGAUGGCUUUUUCCAUUUCACCCAGACUAUCGACUAUCUCGUGAUCACGCACGGAGAGCUCGAGAUGGAGUUACACGACGGGACCAAGACGAUCGUCCAUCCUGGUGACCUAGUAGUGCAGGCUGCCAACAUUCACCGAUGGAACAAUCUCAAGCCAGAGUGGGCUCGCUUCAUCGCAUUUGUGGGUCCUUCCGAGGCGGUAAAAGUGGACGGAAAGGGGUUGGAGGAGCCGCCUUUCAAUGGAUAUCUCGCCAAGUUUUAGAAAAAGAAAGGUCUCGAUGAAUCAGCG